AUGACUUACGAUCUCCUUUUAAACUACUAUCAAAAUGAAGAUGAAUCUUGGACGGAUUACCGAAAACCACCGUACCCAGUUGAUGCCCAGGUUUUAGGACCUUUUGUGCGGGAAAUUAUGGGUCUUGAAGGUAAAACUGGGAUUCGAUAUAGCAAAAAGAGCCCAAAUAACAUCGUCAAACUAGAGGUGGACGGUAAGGUGGGUUGGGCAAAGCUGCUUCAUAUCUUGAAAUUGGACAACCCUUCCGAUAUGGUCGCAUUGGUAGAAACACUCUCAGAGGUCGAAGAGGAAAUGCUGGGGUCAGUGUUUGGCCAGUUAGGCAUAACUCGCGUCAUACAGACGUUCAAGAAAAAAAUCAUAUCUACCAAAUACAUAGUUUCACCAAUGCCCCAUCGCAAUCUCCCUGCUUGGUCGAUGGGUCUUAACAGUCCAAGUAUCUUGAUUUUAGGAAUUGGCGGAGGAGCAGAGGCAGCAGAGGACGAACCUGUGGUUAGGGAUAUGGAUGUGGUUUAUUCUUCCACAGUAGGUAAUGGAGAUGCGAUGGAUAUCAAUACUGACCCCUCCAUGAUUUGA